AUGAAGAUUAACGCUGGCUUCUGGACGGACUGGGAGGUGUUCAUCAGGGCGAAGGAUGGUGGCGAGCGCCUCGCCGAGUACAAGGUCGAAUACAUCCCUUCGGUUGGAAUCGAGGAGCAAACGGUGAAGCUCCACGUCGAGUGCAUUCACGGGCAGGAGUUCGAGAUUUGCGUCGACCGCCCUAACGGCGGCAAGAUCACCGCUCGUGUCCGCUACACCGUCGACGGUCGUCGCUUGGGUAGCAAGUUUCACCUGUCGAACAAUCCUACCGCGCUCGUUUUGGGCGAAACCUACGAGGAGGUUAAGGGAGUUGCCAUGGCCAAGAGCCUCCAAUUUGGCUGCCUCGAACCUGUCGAGGACGGACCAAAGCUCUCCAAGGAUUCCGCUCUUGGCACCAUCGUCGUCCAAUUGGAGGCAGGCGAAGCUGUUAUCGUUGGUCGAGGCCUCCCCUACGUCCCGCAGCCUGCCAAGACCACCAUUGAUGAGAAGUCGAAGAAAGGCAUGGUCUCCUCCUUUGUUGGCGGUGUUCUCACCAACACUGUCGCCAAGGAGGUCACUUACAUGAACCUCGUGCACACCGCUGGAACGCCUAAAUUCAAGGUCGUAUUCUCGUACGGCACUCGCGCCAGCUUGCUUGCCGCGGAUGUCAUUCCCGGCCAGUUCAAUGUGAUGCCCAUCAACUCCUUGAACGCCGACCAGUCCGAUAACGACAUCAAGCCCUCGACUGGGACCGCCAACGGCCCCAGCUCUUCCAAUCGUUCCCAGACCUCCACGUCGGCCAACAACAAAGUCAAGGAGGAGGUCGGGGAUGUCAAGGAGGAGGUGGGCCAGGUUAAAGCCGAGACCAGCGAGGCCAAGGACCAGGAUCAAGUCCCCAAGGCCAAGGAGGAAAUCAAGGCGGACGUCAAGGUGGGCGGCACCCAGGUCAAGCAGGACCGCGACAAGGCCAAGAAGGACGUCCCCAAAGUGGAGGUGGUCCACCCCAUCCUCAAGGAGGUCGGCCCCAAGGACGACGACGUUAUCGACCUCACCCAAGACCCUGACAUGUUUGAAGAGCUAGAGAUCAUCGACCUCACCCAAGACCUGGAUGACAUGGAGCUCUCUUGA